UUUCCUUCCACCACGGACGUAGCGCCAGCUAAUUUGUUGAUAUUUUUUUCGCGAAAAACAUUUGCUGCAUUCCUGCUCAAUCAUUGACAUCAAUGUGUUAGCUCCGUCUGUUGUUGAUAUUUACCGUCUAAUAUCUUCCCUCCAAACGGUUGCUGACGCCAUCGCCCAGUGACUCAAUCCACAUCGCUGCACUUGUUUUGUGUGUUAUUUACGUGGAACUUACCUCCCCUCUAUUUGACUGGUGUGUGUGUGUUUGUGUGUGUCAGUGUGUCGGUGUCCCAAUCCGUAUGGCGUGAUGUUGUUGUUAUUAUCGGAUGUUGUUGACGGCAGCGAAAAGUCGUUAAGUAGGACCGACCGCGGCAUUAGAAAUUUAGUCUCGGACUCACACCCCACCAGCAAACAAGAAUCAACUACACCGUGAAGGCAUACCCCAGGUCGUGCCCCCCAAACAAGAGAGACAAGAACAGUUUUCAAAGCGAAUGAACUUAAAGGAAGUGAUAAAGGAUAUAAACGAUUUAAAAAGGAUACAAAAGUGAAACCCAAACGCACGCACAUAGAGUUGUGCGAACAAAGGGACAGUGUGAAAUACAGAGAAGUUUGAACAAGUGUGUGCCUUGUUGUUGGUGGUGUGCAUUGGGGGUGCUACUUUUGUGCUUAAUUUAGUUCGAUCGAGCGCGUGUGUGGUAUUGUGUAACACACACACACUCAGUGUGUGAAGCACAGUAGGCGAGCAGAUCGCCUUUUCAGUGGAAAGCGACAGUGCGGGAACCUACCACACAACAGAAACACACAAAAUUGUAUCGAAAAGUACACAAAAAAUUAAGAAGUUAAGAAAAAAUUAUCCCAAAAAACGUGUCAUAUUGAGAUUGUGCUAAGAGAGGAAAAAAAAUCUAAAUUAUUGUACAAAAAAGUCGGAAAAGGGGGUGUGUGUGAAAAACGUGUUUUCCAGCCAACCACCAAAAAAGGAUGCAAAUCGAGUACAGAAAGUGUACCAAAUUGUUUUCCGGCUGUGGCGUUGCAUCGCUGCUGGGAGUGUUAAGCUAUGAAGCAUACCGUACGUACGCAGCCCUUUCCUCACUGGUCGACACACGCGUGCUAGACAUUGACCGGAAGCGCCCAGAUUACAUCUACAUCAAGCAUCACAUCUACCGGCAGUCGCUGCGCGAGCGCGCUCUCGAUGCGGAGAACCAGCACCGGCUGCUGAACAUCAUCGUGCAGCCGUUCGAGAAAUGGUGGAAAGCGCUCAAGCAUUCCGUGGCCUGGCGACUGCUCCGGAUCGCCCAGCGGGGCGAUCAGGCCGAGCGGCUGAAGGCCAUCCACCAGCUCGCACAGAUUGACCAUUUAAAGGAUUGGGACUUUCAACACUUGGCGCAGCUGUGCGACCACCGGACGGCGAUCUCGCUGGCCCGCUCGAACUGUGACACGCGCUGGUUUCUGCCCCCGCGCCAGUACGGCGUCGAGAAGGAGAUGCGCGAGGUGCUGGUGGAGAUGAAGUCGCUGCUCGAGCUGCUGGCCCCGCACAAGUGUGCCGCGUACGCGCUGGAGCAAACGUUCGGCAGUUCGGGACACAUCCGCGAGCCGGACGGCGACGAGGUGACGUACCAGAUGUCACCGUCCCGGUUCGAGUACGAUCAGCUCAAGCAGUCGCUCAGUGCGCUCGUGCAUCUGACGGGGCUGGUCGGGCCGGAGGGUAAGCAGCACUGCCGGCGGAUUGUGGAUGCGGGUGGACUGCUGAUGCUGCUGGAGGCGGAGAAGCUGUUCCGGGAGGAUAUUGAUAUGAAGCUGCUGAUUAGCCGGCUGGUGGGCAAUCUGUCCGCGUGCGAAGGGCUGGGGUACGAGUUUUAUGCGAGCGGUUGGAUCGGCAUACUGGCCCGGUGGAAGCGGGACGUGGAUAUGCGCAUGCAGGUGACGGCGGACCUGACGCUGGAAAAUUUGGAUCAAGACGAUCCGAACGGGUUCCGGUACGCGCCGAAGGUGUACCCGUUGCAUCCGCGCGGCCGCCAGCAAGCCAAACCGGCCGUCGAUGUCGUCUUCAUCCAUGGACUUUUGGGGGGUGUAUUUGUGACGUGGCGCCAGAAGGAUCUCAAACCGCAAGCUGCCAGUCUGCUAGGUAAGAAACACAAAGACGUUCAUUUAGUGUCCACAUCGUCGCCUUCCUUCACCUCGCUCACCAACGACAUUGCACCGACGGACGUCGACAUACCGCCGAACCGGACAGGACAGCGAACCGAGGUCGCUUCCGCUGCUCGCACGUACAAAAGCUGGUCCGCUAGAAAGUCCUCCUUCGAGGAGGAGGACCACGCCCGGACAGCUGAAGAGGGCAUUACCGCGUACAAGGAUGAGCUGCUAACGUUCCAGGAAUCGACCAACAGUGGACCCCGGGACGCAUCGAUCAGUGAUACCGAAACGAAAGAGCUAAUUGAAGCACUGCAACAGGAGGAACCGCUCGGUGCCGACUGGACCGUCGUCUACCCGGACGUCCCCCUAGCAGCGGACGAGGAUGCGCAUACAGGCAAGCCCACCGCCACCGCGGAUGGUGCCACCUGCAGCGUGUCGGGGGACCAGUGGCUACAGGAACCGCUCGACUCGACGCAGCGAUCGUUCUGCUGGCCGAUGGAAUGGCUCCCGAAAGACUUUCCCAGCAUACGCGUGCUCGGCCUGGACUACGAGUCCUCCCUGUCGCAGUGGUCGGCGACCGGCUGCCCGUGCGAGAAGUACGACGGCAAGCUGCAGAAGCGAGCGGCCGAAUUCCUCGAAAAGCUGGCCACCUCGGACGUCGGGCAGGAUCGGCCCAUCAUCUGGGUCGGCCACUCGAUGGGCGGACUGCUGAUCAAGAGCAUCAUGGUGCAGGCGCUCGAAAGUCCCAACCCCAAAGUGCGCCGGUUGGCAGAAAACUCGCGCGUCGUCAUGUUCCUCGGUACGCCCCACCGCGGCAGUGGUGUGGCGAAACUGAAGCAGCACACAUCCGCCCUCGUGUGGCCCUCGGUCGAGGUGCAGGAGCUGGAGGAAAACUCCACCCAUCUCCUGCAUCUAAACAAAAGCUUCCUCCGCUCGGUCGACUCGCUGGGAGUGCGCCGGCCAAAGAUCAUUACCCUCUGCGAGGGCAAGCCAACCGUGCUGACGUCGUUCAAGCUGGCCAUACACGUGGUGCCGGAAAGUUCGGCCCGGAUCGAUGCGGGCGAUUUCUACCUCACCAGCGAGGACCAUCUCAAUCUCAGCAAACCGAUCUGCCGGCAGUCAUUCCUGUACCAGCGGCUAGUCGGUGCCAUCCAGGAGGCGAUCCGGUCCGGCGGCCCGGACAGUGUUAAGCUGGCCAACGUGGCGCAGGUAAUGCCGAAAGCCGCCCAGCAGCAGCUCAUUUUCCACGGCACCAAGAAGAGCGCCGGCAGCACAGCAGCAUCGUCCGCCCUUUCCGGGCUUUACACGCAGCUCAAACAGUUCGAGCAGCUGAUGAAUGUGUUUAUCUAAAUCCAGACAUGGCACAAACACACACACACACACGCACCAGUUACCUCCACGCACCUCAGCCAAAGCUUGGACAACGAGACAACAUCGCAUUUCGACUUUCGAUGUAAGAAUGUGAUGAACUUAGGGUUAGGAUCGUGUUGAUUUAAGGUUGCUCUCCCGUGUUUGGUUGGUCGUUUUUGCCUCGCAACACACAGAGCAACACCGCACACCGCAGGGUUUAGUUUUGUAGUUAUUUAUUUUUUUGUUACACAUAGGGUUUUUUUUUAAAUUUGCAACUGUUGUUACCCCCCUCCCUCGCUUGCGAAGAAGCAUUACGAAUUUGACGGAUUUACACCGAGAAAGUAUUUGUUAACAAAAUAAAAGUUACAGCAAUUAAAUAAUGGCA